AUGGCGCCGAAAAAGGGGAAGGAGUCUCUUCUGGACCUCUGUAACCGAGCGACCACGUUGGGGAACAGCGUGUCGGUGCGCAUGCUGGAGUAUCUCAGCAGUGUCAAGGAGCCUCCCCAUGGUUUCCGCGAGCUGGCCACAAACUUCCUCGACAUCUGUCGCGUCCUGUGCUCCAUCGAAGCAGGUCUGUCCGAGGCUUCGCGCUCGCACGGUUCAUUCCCCAGUGAUAUGCAACAGGAACUCGACAAAAAGUUUCGCCAGGCCAAUGACGACUUCAUCGUCUUGAACCAGAUGCUGAUCAAGUUCCUCGAGUAUGAGAAGAAGGGCGGCUUGGGCAAGCUCAGGAAAGGUUGGCACAUGAUGUUCGCCGACACUGACAUCCACAAGAUGCGGGACUCGCUGGCGAAGAGCCGCGAUGCCCUGGGCAUGAGCGCCAUGGUCUUCAGAUGGUAUCUCGGCGACGCAAAGGCUGAUGCCUCUGUUGGGAUUGGUUACACGGGUCUGGCUGCCGUCCUCGAGCGCAUGGGGCCCAGCAUCAGGCACACCCCGUCGACUUCUGUCAGGCCUCCUGCUCUUGCGCCUCCUCCUCUUUCAGAAGCACCAGAUCUUCUGCCACCACUCCCGUCUAUUCCGUUGACCGAGCGCACAUCAGACUCCAACUUUCUCUCACGUAUCGGCGAGGAUCCGGAUACCCUGACUGCCAUUCCCCAGAGGCAAAGUUUCAGCCGCCCAGCCCCCAGCACCAGGUCCAGCAAGCUCACGGUCAAUUCCGCCAACAGAGAAAGAGAGAUGCAAAUGAUGAGCAGUGAGAGUUCUCGAACCGAGGUCGUCGGCGAGGACCAUGUCUCGAUCAAAACAGCCGAUUCAUUCGCCCAGAUCGAGGAUAUGAUUCACGAGAUCGGUCUGGACAAGCACUCGUCGCCUAUUGCGCGCGUGAAAGCCGACCCUGCGACUGUCCCGAGAUGGACACCCAAGCAAACCUCGGGAGCCAAUUCUGCCGCCCUCAAAUCGUCGUUGUUGAAUGCUGUUCAACAGAAGAAGCACAAGAUGAUUGAGCAAUUGCUCGACUGCGGUGUCCCUCCUGACGGCGAGGACGGGGUCAACCUUCUCCGAGAGGCCGUUCUUCACCAGGAUGUCGAGACAAUCCGGCUCUUACUCCUCUUUGGAGCCGAUCCCAAUGGCCUGGACAGGCUCAAAUUCAGUCCUCUCUUGUCCGCCACCGAGCUGUCGUUUCUUGAAGCCGCAAAAAUGCUUCUGAAAUAUGGAGCCGACCCCAAUCUUCCCGCCGGCCCAGAGGGAGAAUGCCCCCUCGCUCUGGCCGUCAUGGAGAACAAGCUGGACUUUGUACAGCUGUACCUCACCUACGGUGGAGACACCAACCUCAACACUGCCGAUGGCAAUACGCUUCUCAACAAGGCCAUCAACAAAACCAACCCCAAGAAGUUGGCCGAGCUUCUGGUCGACUACGGCAGUGAUGUGAACGGGAAAAAUGGCGAGGGAGAGACGCCCCUCUUCACAGCGAUCCAGGCGCGCCGGAUCGACAUAAUGAUCUUCCUCCUCGAUCACUCGGCUGAUCCCAACUUGCCUGGGCCCAAGCACUUGUUGUGGCCUUCGAUCUCCCAGCCAAAGGCGCUCCAGCUGCUGCUCUCCAGAGGAGCUGACUACAAAAAGUGUCCCGGGCUUCUGGAACUGGCCACCAGCAUCAACAACCUGGAGUCGGUCACGACAUUGCUCAAAGCUGGGGUCGACCCCAACGCCAAAAAGGAUGGUGUGUACACGCCGCUCUGUUCUGCCAUUCGUGACAAUCGAGGUGAGCUGGUGUCACUGCUCCUGGCCAACGGAGCUGAUCCCAACCUGACGGCAUCGGAAUACCCGACGUUCAAGUGCGUGACUCACGACCGCACGCAUCUGCUUCCGCAGCUUGUCGCGGCGGGCGCGAACCUGCACAAGCCCAAAGGAAUCAUUGAGAAAGCAGUGGCCCAUAACAACAAGGACGCGCUCAUGUACUUGCUCGACCAGCACGUCAGCCCCAAUGACCGGAGCGCUGAAGGGUAUACGCCUCUGACCACGGCAAUUCGCGACGAGAGACUGGACUUUGUCGACAUUCUCCUCGCCAACGGCGCCGACCCAGGGAUCAGAGGUCAGGACUGGCCCAUCUGCAUGGCGGUGAAGAGACCCGAGAUCCUGCGCAAGCUUCUGCCCUCGGUGUCCAACCCCAGAGCAGUCAAAGGGGUGCUGGAGAUGGCCGUGGUCGCCAACCAGCUCGAGAGCAUCAAGUUGUUGCUGAAAGCCGGGGUCAACGUCGAAGACAAGAACGGCGGUGUCUUCUCGCCUCUGACCACGGCCAUCCGAGAGGACCGCAAGGAGAUUGUCCGCUUCCUGCUCGACGAGGCGGGCGCCGACGUCAACGCCCCCGGCGAGCACCUCCCCAUCAUCAAGGCCAUUCGGCGCUUCCGCAACGGCGACACCGAGAUUCUAGAGAUGUUGCUCGCGCGAGGCGCCGACAUCAAUCUCAUGUACCGGGGCUGGAACGCGGUGCUGCAGGCUGUCGAGAACGGCGACGCCAAGAUCCUGAAGCUCCUUGUGGAGAGGGGAGGGGGUGUCGACCUCGAAGCGAGAGACGAGUCGGGGAGGACGGUCAUGGAUAUUGUGAAUGGACGGGGAUGGGACGAGGCUGUGACGAUCCUCCUGGGUGGAUCGGGAGGAGAGAGUCCGUGA